AUUUUGAUCAAAUUGAUCAAAAACCUAUACCUGAUACUCUGCCUAUAGAAGAAAAUCUACCAACUGAGCAAGAAGCCCUACAAUCUAUAUUCACACAACCUGACAAUACUGAAGAUAUGGAUGAUAGCCAAGACCCAUAG